CUUUCAGGACUUGUGAUCACAGGAGCCAUUGUUUAUAGGAUGAUUGAGUUACGCGACAGAGAAUGCUAUUUGCUGUUGUUUUUUAUCGUCUUCAUACUUGCUGUGCCUUGCCACAGCCAUGAGAGCUUGUUUGGUGGGAAAACUUUAUAUGCUGGGAAGGAACUACGGAAGGAGACUCUGCCGUUGCAGUCCGGAUCUCGGGUUUACAGACUACAAGGGAUUAAAUCAAGUUCUUGGUAUGAAGUCAAGAUCUCGUACCCAGCUUCUAUCCCUGCUCUGUUCUCGCUGCAACUCUUGAGGAAUGGUGAAAUGGGUUUGAAGCUAAAACAGAUGAGGAGAUUGUUAAACACUGAGAAGUUGAUAUUCAGAACCGGAAGUUUUGAACAAGUUGACGACAAGGAAGGAAUGUAUGUUUUGGUGACGGUGGAACCAGAAGGGAUCGUAGCUAUACCAAAUUUCAAAGAACGGUCGUUUAUCAUUUACAACAUAGUUUGUGAAGAACAGCUCUUUGGCAUCGCAUAUUCAUGCUGGUCAGUGGUGGUUUUAGUAGUAUUGUGUCUUGUUGUCGCGGUGAGUCUUCCUCGGUUUCUCCCAUCUUAUCUUCUAAUCAAAGAUGGAGAUCGUAAACGUUAAGAAAACCCCUGCCAAGUUAAUAGUAUCAAGAAGAAGCAUAUGGUUAUUUACACGGAUGAUUUUUCUCUCUUACAUAUAUGUUUCGUUACUCUGAUAGUAGCUUCUUGAUGUUUGUUCAUCUAACUCUGUUUGGAUUCAGUUGUAUUAUAUU